AUGUCUAACGUGGUUAAUAUUUCCACAGAGUCGACGGAGGUUCCUGCCAAGACCGCUCGCCGCUCUGCGAGCCCCAACUUAAAGACAGAGAAAAGGCCAGUGUUAAGUCCAAAGAAACAGAGACCUCUUCAAACCAUCUUAAGGCGAAAACCAGAUCAGUUGGUGAAGCUUGAACAAAAACCAAUCGCGAAUGAGCCUAAAGUCACAAAAGGGCCUGUCAAAACUGUUGCGGAAAGUCCAGCUGUUCAGCAGUCUGUCAAAAAACCGGUGGAAAUGAAGAAAGAAGAAGAGAAGAAACCUGCACCUCUGCCUAUCCCCGUUGAGCCUCCGCUACAGGGCGGCAUCUACGAGCUGAACGACCGCAUGACCAAAAUGGUGGAAACAGAACUCAGGGACAUUAUGAUAAAGGUAUGGCAGGAACUUCCCGACAAUCCGAUGGACGAGGCCGAGGCUCUUGUAGUCGACAAACUAAGGAAUGCAGCCGGUGAUCAUCUAAGAAACGUUCUGGGCUUGAAUGUCACAAAGAGAUUGUUGAAUGUUCAUAAUCCACUUUAUGUUAAGGUCCAAUUCUCUGGAAAACCGGAAAAGCACCAACUAGGCGAUUUCCUAAAGCGAUAUAAUUUUAUCGCGUUCAAACGUAUUGAGAAGACGGUGAACAUGUUUGCGGCGCAAGUGAAGUCUAUCAGCGACUUCGACAAAAUAUGUAGCGAAAAGGAUGUUAGAUGUGGUGAAGUGAAAGUGAUAGUCAAUCCAAUCUAUAAGUUUACCAAGUGCCCGCCAAACCUAGUUACGAGUUUCUAUGAUGAAGAUGAUAAUAAUGCUAGCGAUGAAAAUGCAGAAAUAAACGAAAAAGAUGACAAAUCAGAAGUAAAAACUAAUAAAGAGAAACCUGCAGAAAAUGUUGAAAGUGAUCCUUCAAAGGAAAAAGUAAAUAAGGAUGAGAAUGUAACCAAAGUUGAGACAAAUGCUAAUAAAACAGAUGCAAAUCCUGUUGCGAGUAAGCCAGUAGCUAAUAAAGCUGAUGGUGACAAACCAACAGCUAAUAAAGCAGCUAACGAGAAACCUACUACUAAUAAAGUAGUUAAUCAAAAACCAACUGUCAAUAAAGCAGAUAAUGAGAAGCCAGCGGAAAAACCUGUUACGAAGGUAGCAGUCGGAAAUAAACCAUCAGUAAACAGUGCCAAGGUAGCUAAUAAACCUGCAGUGGCCAACAAGCCUGCUGAAAAAAAGGUUGUAGCAAAUAAGAUUGUAACGAAAGCAAUGCCAGUCAAGAAUGUAGCUAAGCCUGUUGAAAGUAAAGAAAUAAAGAAACCAAACUCUAAUGCCAAUAACAUAGCAAAGAAACCAACCCCUAAUACGACCAUAAAGAAACCAAUUCCUACUCAAGCAAAAACAAUCAAAGUUAAUAAUAAAAAUGAAAGCAAGGUUGAAAGCGAUAAUGAUGAAUUGGACGACCAAGAUAUCCUUGCGCUUAUGUCCGAGGGUAUUGUACUAGAUGAGUGCAGUGGAUCCGAGGAUGAAUAG